UUUCUUGGAAUUAACAAGCUCGCAAUUUUGGGUGUAUUAUUUGGAAAUUUUACAGCUUUAUUGAGUAAAACAGUUUAAUUUGUUGAUUUCUACCAUUAUUGGGACUUCUAAAUAAGUUUAGUUUCUAAUUAAGUAAUUAGAUCUAAGUUUCUUUUAUCAUGAUUUUUUAUCAAUUUAGUUUGAACUUUACUUUUCCCUGCUUGAUGGGGGGUUUUGUGUUUGGAUGAAAGGGGGAAUUGUAAUUAGUAAGGAAGGGAAGAGGGGCAAUUUUCUUUUUGGGGUUAAUUUUGUGAGCAAUUUUGAGGUGAAUUUUGUUUAAUUAAUUUAUUAUUAUUCAUGAUUUGUAAAGGUUGAUUAGCUAUAGUGGAAGUUAGUUUAGUUAGCAAAAUCUAUGGUAGGUUGUUUCAGAUCUCUAACCUGUUCUAUCUUCGCUUCUUAGGACUAAAACUUUCAUAAGGAAAAUGUUCUUUAGGUCCCUUUAUGCCGUUUCCCUUCCCUACUAACACAAGCAUUAAAUCUAUUGGAGAAUUUAGGUUAUUGGAGAAUUUACCUUUUUUAAUGUCCUAAUGUUUGACACUAUACAAGUAGCAUUUAGUUGUUCUUUAUGGCACUUGAUGAACCUCAUAAUGACUGGAGAUUGUUCGAUGCGGUUCAAUUGUGCCUUUUAAGAUUGAGGGGUUAAUGCUCAUUAGGUUGUUGCACACUCACAUUCCCAUACAAUGGACUGGAAAAUCCACGUUGAAUGUGCUUUUAGUGCCUACGAGAUUGAUAUGCGAUUUUCAGCUUGAGGUGGGGCAUAAAAACCAAUCCUUUGUUCUGUGCACAUUUGAUUUAUUAUUUGUGUGAAUCCCGUAUGAGGAUGCACUUCAAACUCAAACAUACUUGGGAAUUUGACCUUGUCUGUCCAAGAGUAGCAUCGAUAUUGGCAAUAUGAUAUAUCUAUAGUGUUAAAGCCCCUUUCUUGCGGUAAUAAUCAUGGUAUUAUGUAGUUGAAAUGGUGACACUCCCACAGUUAAAAUUGGGUCCCAUCGAUGAGGUCCCUUUGAAACACUAUCACUUAGCCCAUGCUCACAAAUUACAAGGGAUAGCUCUAGUUCCAGUUAUCCCACUUAUCCCACCUGACGGGCCUAACAAGAGAUUCCCCAGAAGGGUAAACAAAGGGUGGUUUUAGUUCAUCCAUUGGUGUUUCAAUGUGAUCUCUUCGAUAAUCCUAAUCCAUCGAAGGUCCGUGAUUCUUGAUCAUCCAAUUGCUUAACUCAAUGAGCAUAUUGGUGACAUGGCAGCAUCAUUAAGUCCCGCUCUUAUUUCUUCUUGUUGUACCAACACUUCUCUGGUAAGGAUCUUAGUUAGGGUAGAUAUAAAACCCUGCAAGUGUUCCCUACAUCUAUAAGGAUCUUAUUGCAGUCUGGGUUUUAUCCUCUGUGUCCUAUUUUGAUCAACUCUGAUAAGACAAGUCUUGGCAAAAUUCAUUCGGACCAGAAAUCUCCUCCUUAAGUUCUUGGGCAAGAUUCUUUUAAGAUUAGACAUCAGCUUCUAUGCUAGAUACCCUCCUCCCUAUGAUUCUACAUGUGUCUCUUCUAGUUGUACAGUCUCAUAUGUAGUCUAUUGACGGAGACGGUUGUCUACCAGUUUCUCUGUGGGCCUGUGCAUCUGUGGACUGGCUACCAGCAACAAUUAUUAUCCUAGACGGUUUAUAUCUAAGCAUAUUUAGGCUAGCUUGGCUGUGAAAUUUUCACCUAGGCCUCCUGAACUGCCUGAUUGAAAGUCUUGUUGUUGACUUCCUAACUUUCAUGCCCUCGUACUUACCAUAUCUUGGUUAGUUGUUUCUAUUGUUAACUGUUGCGGUUGGGCAGAAAAUUAUUUCAUAUUUAGUGUUCUUCUCCAAUAUAGGUUUUCAGCUUGGCUUAGCUAGCUGCUAUAGCUAUCCUCAGUGCAAUUUAGGCACUCCUUUCUAAGGUGGUAAUCUUAUUAUCCUAUUAGUGAAAUCUUGGCGUAGGGCGACAAAUCCUUGAAUUCACAAGUGUCUCAGUGAAGUAGGUGGCUCAAAGAAAUUUGCUUAAAAGAAUCGUAUGCAAUUAUACAUGCAUCAACGAAUAUGGAGAAAAGAAAGUCACAUUCAUCGGGGUGCUAUUCAAUGGAAAUUACAUUCACUUAUCUGAAUAUAGUUCUAAAGGAAGUUCACCGUUUUGUAGAAAAUAAAGAUUCUAAUCCUUGAAAGUUAUUGAAGAAUGAUCUAAAAAAAGAAUUGACAAAGGAAAGAAGGAAAUAGUGCUAACCCUUUAGGUCGAAAUUUAAACAAGAAGGCUUUGAAGAAUGAUCUUGUGUUUUUGUGGGUCAUAGGUUAUGUCUUUUCCACUCACUUGCACUUUCUUUACCUAGGCUUCUUGGACCACAAGAUGUUCAUUUUCCUGCCAUUUUCACCCCGGGGUGAUUUCCAUUUGCUCGAUUUCCAUGGAAAUUAUAUUCUAUCAUCUCUCCCUUCCCACAAUCCUCUAGUGAUGUGGGGUUUCCCUCUCUAUUGAUUCCUUUUCUUGGAUUGACAGCUGACGUACUUCUUUGACCCUUGGCUAGAUCCCUUCUGCUUGGCUGUUACUUAAUUUCUUCCUUGGGCUCACAUUUUAAUUGCUCGUUUAGGACUAGCUGACAUUUUGUAGGUUGAAAAGUGCACUCUAAAACUGACUGAUUGGUUGUAUUUUGUAGUUUCAAAAACUAUUAUCACUUGUGAAUUGUAGCAGUGAUGUGGCUGAAAAAUAGCUUAGUAUGUGUCAGUACAUGUGAGAUACAAUAGUUGAAGUUUUCCUAGUUUUAGUACAUUACUAGGUUGUUCUUUUGUCUUGUGACGCCCUUAUGCUUAUGUAUGUGAUGUAUAUGAAAAAAGAUGAUGAGAUUGACGACAUAGGGGUAGUUUUAAUUAUUUUAAUCGAACUAAAAAUGAAAAAUACAAGUAGUUAGAUUAUAAAGAAAAGUAAAAGUUAAACACAUCCGACAUCAGAUAUCGUACUAGUACCUGUUGACUAGAGUUGCAUCGGAAACAAGACAGAGUAAGGAAAGUCCAAUUCAUUUUGGGCAAUCGUUUCAAUUCAAAUUUAAUGCAAUGAGAUCUAGUAUGAAUUGGCGAUCAGAACGUAUAUGUAUAAAACUUGUAACAGGAUCUCGAAAAGUAAGUUAAUUUCUUCUGGGCCUUUAUCCUUUAGGGUCAUUAGGAUUCUUAUUGGUUGGGAUUUCCAGCUACCUUGGUAGGAAUUUGAUAUCUCCCCCUCAGCAUAUUAUUUUUUCCCUUGUAAUUUGGGAACUUGCUAGUUUACGAAAUUAACUACACAAUAUAGUAUUCCGAACAAUUACACACAAUUUGUAACCAUGACUUUGCAUUUGGUUCAAUGGUAAGGUUGACUGUUUUUGCAUUUGAUUAGCACUUAACUACUUAAAUUCAAUGCUUUCAUGAUGCAUCUCAUGGGAUAGGUUUUGAUCCUUCACAUCAUAUUGGAUAGGAUUUUUGAUAUCUCACAAUAUUUGCUGAGACCUUACCGGAUCUGGUAGUGAUUGGCCUAUGUAAUGGGGGCAGCCGAGGAGCAGACACCUCCCAAGCCUUCAAAAGCAACAAGUUCAGCACAGGAGACUCAGGCGGGAAUGCAACCAUAUCCUGAUUGGCAAGGUUCCAUGCAGGCAUAUUAUGGUACUGGUGCCGCACCUCCUUUUUUCCCCUCAACUGUUGGAGCUCCAGCACCUCAUCCCUAUAUGUGGGCGGGGCAGCACCCUAUGAUGCCACCUUAUGGUACUCCAGUCCCUUACCCAGCUUUAUAUCCUCCUGGUGCCGUUUAUGCUCAUCCUAAUAUGGCAAUGACUCCAAAUCCCGCUUCUGUUGUGGAAACUAAAGGGAAAAACUCAGAUGUAAAAGAUCAGAAUUCCGUGAAAAAAUCCAAAGGAAAUUCAGGCUUGGGGAAUGAAAAGGGAGUUGAAACUGCCAAAGCAACUUCAGGCUCUGGAAAUGAGGGUGCCUCACAGAGUGCUGAAAGUGGAAGUGAAGGCUCAUCUGAUGCUAGUGAUGACAACAAUCAACAGGAACACUCUGCAACCAAAAAAGGAAGUUUCGAUCUGAUGCUUGAAGAUGGGGCUAACGCACAACAUCAUUCGGUGAAUGCCAGUGCUCAGGGUUCCGUGCCCGGGAAACCUUUGGGUGUUGCUCCUAAUCUUAACAUUGGCAUGGAUUUGUGGAAUUCCUCUGCUGGCGGAGCUAAGUUGAGACCAAGUACUGGAGUAGCAUCUGGUGUUGCUCCGGCAAUGGUUGGACGCGAAGGGCUUAUGCCUGACCACCAAUGGAUCCAAGAUGAACGUGAACUUAAAAAACAGAAACGCAAACAAUCUAAUAGAGAGUCAGCCAGGCGAUCAAGGUUGCGCAAACAGGCUGAGUGUGAAGUACUGCAAAAAAGGGUUGAAUCUCUGAACAAUGAAAAUAGCAACCUCAGAGAAGAGCUCAAGAGGUUAUCUGCCGAAUGCGAGAAGCUGACCUCUGAAAACAAGUCCAUUAAGGAGGAGCUAACCCAGACAUGCGGACCAGAUAGCUUACAAAGUCUUGAAGAAAAUAACGCUUCUGGCGAAGGCGAUAGCUGAAACGAGAGCUUAUUAGAUUAGUACUUCUUCAGCUCAGCUUAAUUAAAGUAUCUGACCAAAACAAGAUUAGGGGAAUAAUAUGUUUUUUAACACAGCUUAUACCAUUUUUUUUUAUUUUUUUUUCUUCCUAUUUUCGCCAUUGAUGACGCUUGUAAUGUGAUUUCUCUCAGUUUGUGCGUUUCAGUUAUUAUUAUGUACGACCUCACUUGUCUGAGUAGAACCACUGUAUAAAGAUAAAAGUACGUUUCGGCUAAGUUCUCUGUAAUUGAGUGUUCAAAGUGUGUAUUUAUCAGAUUAUUUGGAGUUUUAUACUGUGAUUUUAUCGAAUUUGUAGUAUAAUUUGUUGACA